UUCAAACAACAGCUGAAGCGACUGAGAUCCACGUGAUACACGGUUAUAAAGAUGGAGUUUAUUAAAGAAGAGAGUGAAGAUGUGGAGAUUGAAGAAGCAUUCAGAGUCAAACAUGAAGAUACUGAGACACAAACAAAGAUUGCAUUUAUUAAAGAUGAAAGUGAAGACAUGAAGAUUGAAGAAACAUUCAGAGUCAAACAUGAAGAUACUGAGACACAAACAGACCUAAUGGCACUGAAAGAGCAGGGAGAAGUACUGAAUGAAACUGAAGAGACCGAUCAGUAUGAGAAUCUUCAUGAUUUUAUAACUGGAGAAAAAUCUUUUUGUUCCUUACAGUCUGAAAAGACUUCCACACGAAAAAGAGCUCAAAAGACAGGAACUACAAGUUAUUUUACUUGCUUUCAGUCUGAAAAGAGUUUCAAUCAACAAGGAAACCUUGAUGUCCACAGGCGAAUUCACACUAUGAAGAACCUUUUUACCUGCCAACAAUGUGGAAGCAGUUUCACUCAUAAAAGAAGCCUCAACAGGCACAUGACAAUUCACACUGGAGAGAAGCCUUUCAUCUGUCAUCAGUGUGGAAAAAGUUUCAAUCAACAAGGAAAUCUUGACAGGCACAUGAAAAUUCACAAUAGAGAGAAGCCUAACAUAUCUCUUCAGUGUGGAAGGAGUUUCAAUCAAAGUGGAAACCUUGAUGUCCACAGGCGAAUUCACACUAUGAAGAACCUUUUUACCUGCCAACAGUGUGGAAGCAGUUUCACUCAUAAACGAAACCUUAACAGGCACAUGAGAGUUUUGACUGAAGAAAAGCCUUUCAUUUGCAAACAGUGUGGAAAAAGUUUCAAUCAACAAGGAAACCUUGACAGGCACAUGGAAAUUCACAAUAGAGAGAAGCCUAAAAUAUCUCCUCAGUCUGGAAAGAGUUUCAAUCAAAGUGGAAACCUUGACGUCCACAGGCGAAUUCACACUAUGAAGAACCUUUUCACCUGCCAACAGUGUGGAAGCAGUUUCACUCGUAAAGGUAGCCUUAACAUGCACUUGAGAACUCAUACUGGAGAGAAGCCUUAUACCUGCCGUCAGUGUGGAAAGAGUUUCAGUAAUUCUGGAAACCUUAAAGUCCACAUGAGAAUUCAUACUGGAGAGAAGCCUUUCACCUGCAAACAGUGUGGAAAAAGUUUCAACAGAAAAGGAAACCUUAAUUACCACAUGAGAGUUCACACUGGAAAGAAACCCUUCACCUGAGAUCUGUGUAGAAAAUUCACGCUAUGGAGAGAUUUUUUUACCUGCCAACAGUGUGGAAAGAGUUUCACUCAUAAAGGAUACCUUAAAGGAACACUCCACUUUUUUUGGAAAUAGGCUCAU